UUCCUCUGAGUCUCACCAGGAAUGAAAUUAAUAAUUAAUAAUUGUAAAUUCUAAUUAUGGUAUUUUAUAAUUAUUUAAUUACUAAAUAAUUAAUUAAUAAUUCAAAAAACGAUUUUUGGAAGAAGAAAAAAACACUGUUAACGUACGACGGCGCGUUUCGGUCGCCGUCCGGCGUCGGGUUUCGGAGGCGGUCCGACGCCAGAUUUCGGACGCCGUCCGAUGUCGAGUUCCGGACGUGGUACGAUGCCGGAUAUCGGACGCCGUUCGAACGCUGACGUCGGACGCCGUUCGAACGCCGGUGUCGGACCGAGGCGUCUGGUCCAAACUGCAGCUUCUACCUUUUCCCUCCCCUUCCUAUUAUUGUUAUCGGUCUGUGUUGGGCUUGGAUUAGGGAACAAAGAAGACUAUGAUGACGGUGAACGCCGAGCCGACGCCAAGAUAGGACACGACGACGAUGAUUCUACGAAGGGCAAAGGAAGAAGAUGACGAUGAUUCCGGCGUGAGGGAGGUUAGCGUUUGAAUAUGGACCUUGAAGGCAACUCUCCUUAAUCCGUGGG